GUAUCAUAUGGCCCGCGAUGAGAAGACGGAACAGCUAUCCGAAUAACCGCAGGUCACUUGGUCAGAAAAGAGAGCCGAGCUAGCAGCACCUUUUCAGCCAGCCUAUGAGACGGGCUAAGCUGAACCGUUCGAUGGCAAAAGGUGAGGCACCUCCUCGAUGCAGGAGAUUAGCGUUUCGGCCUUGACUUGUGUACAGUGGCGGGGGUGACGAACGUUGCAGGCCAGCUGACCGGGUUUAUGUCGGACAUGAAAUCUCACAAAAGCAGAGCGCGAAGCCUGGCAAGAGCGGCUCGGCGGAACUGCGCAAAUAUUAUCGGCCGCUGUGAAGUCCAAUCUCGGUAUGGGGAGCAGGAGAGCGAGCGUCGCCGCCUAAUUGGGGCGUCGGGUGUCGUCGGCGUCGCCACGUGCUUCAUCGCUGGCCAAUCAGAAUUGGCGGUACGUCAUAGGCAUAGAUCAGAUCAGUACCUGCGCCAUCUCCCUAAAGCUCGCCCAUUUCGUUUUCUCCCCUUCGCCAACUUCCCCCCUCUCGUCGUCGUCGGACACGAUGAGCUCGCUCAGGAACCACAGGGUCGUUAUAGCCUCUCUCUUCCUCCCAAACACCGCGGUAUUUGGCGAAGUGGCCACGUCGACUCCUGAUCAUGUCACCUCCUUGCCAGACUUCAAGUCGGCACCACCGACGACUCGUCCGAGUCUCUUGUCUAAGAAGAGCAGACCUUUGGCCAGUAUUGUGGAGGACUUAAAGUCUCGAGCAGCAUCUCCUGCCGCGACUCCGCGCUCUGAGAGCGUGAAUCCUUUCGGCGAAUUUCCUGGUCUCAAUACUCCCAACAAGGGUGUUGCUGAAUCAUUUCUUGGCUCAGUAGCUGCAGCUGUCAAUGGCAAAGCCGUGGAUGGCGCGAAGAAGGCACAUCAAACUACCCAUGGGCCCAACACUCAGACACGAGUGCAACGCCGCAUGUCUCGGUCGACCGCGCACCGCACCAGCUCACGCUCCUUGUCAUCUACCCGCCAAGACACAUUCUCCCAUUCGGCGGCGUGGCAUGUCGAGCCCAACCCUCACUGCAAUGGAGGCUUGAAGAAUGCUGUCGCCAGCGUGAAGACCAGGCUCCGCAAGAAGCUCUGGGUCGGCACACUCGGCGCGAAUACCGACAGCUUCAAAGAGAGCUUGAAGCGCAACAUGGAAUGGAGACUGCGUGAAGAACAGGAUAGCCUUCCCGUCUGGAUUCCGGAUGCCGAGUUCGCGAGCUGCUACGACGAGUUCUGCCACCAGGUCCUCUGGCCAUGCCUUCACUAUGCCGUCCCCGAUGCUCCCAAGACAAAGUCCUUCUACGAGUCUGCUUCCUACAAGCAAUACGUCGCGGCCAACCAGCGUUUCGCCGAUGCGAUCGUUGCUGCUUACCAAGAUGGAGACAUCAUUUGGGUCAACGACUACCACCUCAUGCUUCUCCCUCAAAUGCUCCGCGCAAAAUUACCGAACGCUCCCAUUGGCUUCUUCCUGCACGUCGCCUUCCCGUCAUCCGAGAUCUUCCGUUGUUUGUCCGUGCGAAGCCAGCUCUUGGACGGUGUCCUCGGUGCGGACCUCAUCGGCUUCCAGACGGCCAAUCAUGCUCGUCACUUCCGGCAGACCGUCAGCCGGAUUCUCAGUGCCGAGGCGCUGCCGAAGGGCAUUCAGCUCGAGGAUCGCUUCGUCGACGUCGGAGUGUUCCCUAUGGGUAUCGAUGUCCAGAGUAUGAACGAAAAGAGACGCGAUCCUGAGGUCGCCGAGUGGGUCAAGGCGCUCAAACAGCGCUAUGCUGGCAUGAAGCUCAUCGUUGGGCGCGACAAACUUGACGAGAUCCAGGGUGUGCGCCACAAGAUUCUUGCUUUCGAGCAGUUCCUCACUCGUCACCCUGAAUAUCAGGGCAAGGUUGUUCUCAUUCAAGUCGCCCUUCAGACGACCGAGGAAAAUGAGCUCCAGGGCAGUGUCUCUGAGGUUGUCUCGCACAUCAACUCCAAAUUCUCGACGUUGACAUACCAGCCACUCGUCUUCCUGCACACUCAAGACUUGACCUUCAACCAAUAUCUUGCGCUGCUGACCGUCGCUGACGCGUUCAUUGUUACCAGUCUGCGUGAAGGAAUGGCGCUCCGAACGCAUGAGUUCGUCGAGUGUCAAGAGGGCAGGCACAGGCCUCUGAUCCUUAGUGAAUUCACGGGGUCAUACAGCUACAGUGGUUUCCGCUCUUGUAUCUCGAUCAACCCUUGGGAUAGGCGGGGAACAGCUGCUGCCAUGUAUCAAGCUCUAACUAUGGGCGAAGAUGAGGCCAAAUCUCGUUGGGAGGACUUACACAACCACGUCAUCACCCAAAGCGCACAGGCCUUCAUCACGUCUUUCCUCGUCCGCUGCCUGCGUGCUAACAUCGAGCACAUGCAAAAUGACACCAAGGCCGUCGCAGAGCUCGAUGUUUCUCGUAUACUGCCACGCUAUAAACACAGCCAAACUCGCCUCCUCCUCGUCGACUUUGAGGGUACGAUCUGGCUGCGCGACCCCGCCGCCCUUGCGCUUCGUGGCGAGUUCGAGAUACCACAGGAGGCCAUCGCAUCACUUAGCAAGCUUGCUGAAGAUCCUCGUAAUGAGGUGUGGCUGCUCAGUGGAUUGCAGGUUAAGGGUGCGUUGGAGAAGAUCGCCGCCAUUGCUCCUAAGAUCGGAAUUGUUGCCGAGAAUGGCUGCUUCAUCAAGACCCGCUCUGACCGUCACGGCGAGGCGGGUUGGGUCAACAUGGUGGCGAACUUCAACCUGACCUGGAAAGGUGCUUGCCUCGAGAUUUUGAACUACUUCAGCGAACGUACUCCUGGCUCGUUCAUCGAGGAGCGCGAAGCGUCCAUUGUCUGGCGUUACUGGACCGGUUCUGAGGACGACAAGUCGGCGGACCGCCAAUGGGCUCGUCGCCAAGCUGCUGAAGCUCAGAACCAUGUCUUCGACAGUCUCGGUGAACGUUACGGCCUGCGCAUUAUCCCCGGUCAGAAUAGUUUCCUCGUCUUGCCGAACAACAUUUCCCGUUCGACCGCCGUUGGCGCGAUCCUCAACCCCGCAGGUCCGGCACACUCGCAUGCACACGCUCCUGGCGGCCCGGCGUGGAUCUCUGCAGACGCAAUGGACCUCGAAGACGCGACGCACGUCGACUUUGUGCUCGCGAUCAGCAAGGACGAGAAGCUGAUGCGCCGGCUGAACGACCUCGACAACGCCGAGACAGUCUCGACGGGCAACCGGGGCACGGACGCAGAGUGGAACCUCAAGCCCGAGGAGGUUCUUCCCGUCCUGAACCGCUUCGCAGAGACCAAGUAGAUGCGCGUGCCGUCACGAUAAGUUAUUGCUUCGUUUGCAGGUGCAUUCCGCACAGAAGAAAAACGAGAGGCAAAUGAUCCUGAUCCUCCACAUGUACCACCUCAUAUACUGGCGUCAUCACACUGUAAGCUAGGAUGUUUUUACGAAUAGAGACACGAGAAACAAAGCCUCCUGUACACUUAGAUUACAUGUACAAUAACCUCGACAAUACAAGUAGCGG